AGUAAUGGUAAAUUCUGAAUGGUAGUUUACUUUAUACCGGUUAGAAGAGUGUAUAAGUAAUCAGCAACUAAUCUUUCUCCACAGUUAAUUUAAUCAAUUGGCUGACUGUUUGGACAGCUUUUUGUUCUUGUUAAUUUUUUCUCUCAAAUAAUUCUCUGGUUGUUUCACUCAUUUUUAUCUUGUGAAUUUGCAUAAGUAAAGCUGGUUGAAAGCAUCAAAAAUGGAUCUAAAUGGAACUCGUGUAACUGCUUUGAUUACUCUUUUUGUGCUUACCAUGUUGGCGGGUCUUGGGCCUGUUUUAGUGUUUAAUCUAUGGCGAAGGAAACAAGAUAAAGCAAUCCUAGAGAGUCACAACUCAGGUUUGGAUGUUCGAAAAGAUUCCAAAUCUUCCAAAAGUGCCAAAAUUUUGCAGCUAUUGUUGGUCUUUGGUGGCGGUGUCCUUCUAUCAACCUGCUUUGUUCACAUGAUACCAGAGAUUCAAGAAAGUUAUAAUGCAUAUCAAGAAAGUAAAGAGCACCAUGAAGAUGUAACAACUAUAUCGCCAGUCACGGAAACCACAAGCAUACCAACAGUUGCAGCGGGGGGUUAUAAUAAAAUCCAAAACGUUCGAUUCUAUCAUCCGGGGCAUGAUGAAAGUGGCGAGGAAGGACAUUCUCAUUCACAUUCACACAGUCCACCUUGGGUAGAGAUUUGCAUUUGUCUGGGACUUUUUUUAACCUAUUUCAUAGAAGAGUCAAUUUUAUUGUUGAUCGGACGUGAAUCAUCUCACCAUCACCACCAUCAUCAUAAUCAUCACCAGCAAAAUCAUCACGAUUUGUCAGUGGAAAGUAAUCAUAAAAGAAGGACGACUUCUUGUUAUUCAGAAAACAAUUUACCACAUGGAGGUUUAGAAGAUUAUGGUUCAAUCACAAAUAAUGGAUCACGGAGACUGUCUUCAAAUAGUAUCGAGAAACACGCUGAAAUUAAACAUAAAAUAGGCUAUGACAAUGUAGCCAUUGAUUUGCGCGGCGAUAAUUUAUCUCCUACAUCCCUUCAUCGAUCUUAUAGUUCCAUUAAAUCAAUUGCCGGUGAAAGUAAUUGGACUCUAUUUUUACGGGGUUUAAUUAUAGUGAUUGCAUUUCUGGCUCAUUCCAUUUUUGACGGUGUUGCCAUUGGCUUACAAACUAGCUCCUAUUCAAUUUGGACCAUGUUUUUUGCCAUCUGUUUACAUAAAUUUGUUGUGGUGUUUGCCAUUGGGUUUGAACUUUUCGAGAAAACGGGUUCUCUUCUUUUUACUUCAAUACAUAUGACUAUAUUUUCUGCCAUGUCACCACUAGGUAUCUUCUUAACCAUUGUUAUCGAAAAAGGUCUGAGUGAAGAUGGAAGUUUGACACUGAUAUUAUUGAAUGCUGUUGCCACUGGUGCCAUUUUGUAUAUUGUUUUCCUUGAAAUCUUACAAGCUGAUCGAUGUCCAGAGGUUAACGGUCUAGUCCAACUGCUAUUUUUGAUGGCUGGUUUUACCCUAAUGACUUGUAUGACUGUAUUGGUUGGUCAUGGUGAUUGAUCCAAAUACAAUUAACAUCUAAAUAAUAGACAGAGUGGAUAAAAACCAGCAUAAUUAUAUAGUUUAAUUGUUAAUAUAUUGCUUAAAAAUGAAAAUUUAUAUUCACUUUACCUGAAUUGAAAGGUGAAGUCUUAACAAAAAUAAAAGAUAUUUUACAAGCCUUACCUCAUUA